AUGCUAUGGACACGGCUCGCGCAACCCCUGUCGCGCACCGCCCGCUCGGGCCUGGCUAGACCACCUAUAUCGGCCUUGGGUGCUGCACGAUUUGUGCCAUGCACAUUCCAACGAUUCAAUUCGUCGGAUCCCAAAAGUACCGGUCAAUAUAGUCCUGAUCCGACAGAUCAGAAUGACUCGGACGAGGAUCAGGGACGGGGUCGCAAGAGUGACGACCCAACCCUCAAGUCCACGAUUCUGAAGAUGUUGGAGACGGCGGCGACGACAGCUGCGUCGAUUGCCAUUCUUGGGUAG